GUGCUGACGCAUUUGGGCGUUCUCCCGGACGUCAUGGGUUAGAGGUUGUGUGGUCUACGUCAAGCAGACUGAAGUGGAGAUCUGGGGACGAAGACUUCGCUCUUCCAUAUUGACACCGGCAACCGUUCUGAUAUUAGGCGCGACCACCUCCUCCCCGCUCCAGCGUGUAUUCAAUUUGUUGUGUGUAGAGCUAAGUUGUCGAGCACCGAAGGGGCUGUGGUGUGUCUGAGAGGGCCGCCGGGGGAUGCUGGUGGUGUGAGUUUUGGGUCAGUCGCUGGUCUCUGGUGAGUUUCCCCCUGUCGGUCUGACGUGACGGCUGGGAUACACCGGGAGGGAAUCUAAAUGUCUGCCAGAGAUAGAGAAGAGCAAGAAGACGAACUGCUAGCUCUUGCUAGUAUUUACGAGGAAGAUGAAUUUAAAAGGGCAGAAUCUACGCCAGGUGGAGAAAUAAGUAUAUGUUUGGAGUUGCCACCAAACUUCAAAAUACAUGUCCAAGGUGAUGAAAAGCAGAAUAUAAAAGACCUGACUGAAUAUGCAGUUUCUUUUCUGCCAGCUCUUGUGCUGAAGUUCGAGCUACCUCCAGAUUAUCCAUCGUUUUCAGCUCCUAAAUAUACCUUGAGCUGCAGGUGGCUUUUCCGAACUCAGCUCUCUGCACUUUGUUCUUGCCUGGAUAGAAUUUGGAAAGAAAAUGACAAUUGUGUAGUAUUAUUUUCAUGGAUGCAGUUCUUAAAAGAAGAGACGCUCUCCUUUUUGCAAAUUGAGUCUCCAUUAGAAAUCAAAAGAAACAUUGAAGAGAAUUCUGAAAAUACUUUUUCUAACAAUAAGCAUAAUGAAUUUGGAUCAGAGGACAAACUGAAGAACUUGCAAGACUUUCCGCUUGACCCGAGAGCUAUCCAGGAUGUGGAGUCAUGUGCUUGUGUUUUACGUGAAAUUUUGGACUUUGAUCAGAGUCAGAAACAAAAAGUCUUUAAUGGCAAGAUUUUCACCUGCAGUGUAUGCUUUUGUGAAAAGCUGGGUAUUGACUGCAUGCACUUUAAGGAGUGUAGCCAUGUAUAUUGCAAGGCCUGUUUGAAAGAAUACUUUGAGAUACAAAUCCGUGAUGGGAAUGUUCAGUGCCUUAAUUGUCCUGAGCCAAAGUGUACUUCCAUUGCCACACCUGCUCAAGUAAAAGAUCUCGUCAGUGAGGAGAUAUUUGCACGGUAUGACCGCCUUCUCCUUCAGUCUACAUUGGAUCUAAUGACAGAUGUAGUAUAUUGCCCUCGUACUGUUUGCAAGUCAGUGGUGAUGCUUGAGCCUGGAAACACCAUGGGCGUCUGUCCAGGAUGUCGUUAUGCUUUUUGUGCAUUAUGUGAAAUGGCUUAUCAUGGAAUUUCUCCAUGCAGAUUAAAAGCAGAGAAACUUUCUGCACUGCGUGAUGAGUAUUUGAAUGCAGACGAAUCUGAAAAGUUGCGUUUGGAAAAAUCUUAUGGGCGCAGAAUGCUUCAGAGAGCUGUAGAGGAGUUAUGCAGCCAGGAUUGGCUUGAUAAGAACUCAAAGCCAUGUCCCCGUUGUGGUACAAACAUACAGAAGGUGGAUGGAUGCAAUAAAAUGACAUGCACUGGAUGUAAGCAGUACUUCUGUUGGCUUUGCAUAUGCCCACUCUCAAAAGUAAAUCCAUAUAGUCACUUCAGUGAUUCUUCAUCACCUUGCUUUAAUGAGCUUUUCCAAGGUAUUGACUUUGAAGCACAAGAUGAUAUCUUGAGGGAUGAAGAUGAUGAUGGAAUUGUUUAACCUCGUUUAUAAAGCUAUUUGGACUAUUAUUACGUAAAGCUUAUGCAUUAACCAUUUAAACAGACAAACAACUGUUACUUCGGUGCAAUCAAUCACAUUUAAACCAAUCUCUAGCAAUGGUUAUUGAAUUUGGCACUUACUGUUGUUGAUUAUGAAACUUGGAGCUCAGGAUGUGUAAUAUUCUAGGAACUUCUGUUUUCAGCCUUCAAACAUUUAUAGAUGCACAAUAUAUUUGAAGAAAUUUAGCUGAUAAAUUUGAGGGGAAGAUAAUGUUUCAUUUAAUCUGGACAACAUUCAGUGGAAGGUAUUUUGUGUAUUCAAGUAACAUUUGAGAAACGUUUUCAAAAAUGAUAGCAGUGCCAUUUCUCCAUGGUUCUCUGUCUUUGUUUCACGAGUUUAAAGUUUCUCCUUCACCUUCCAAAAAUUUUGAACUUUUGAUUAAUAGUCACAGUGACAAUUGCUUGUAAUCCUGUUGCUGUGCCCUCCUGAAUUGGUGUCAAGAAUUUGAUAUUCAAACUUUUUAUCUUGAUAGGCCACUUAAUCAUGGAGCUUUGCAAACCAACAUAUGCACUAUUUCUGAAUGGAGCUUCCUCCUUGAUGCAACAAUUCGAACUCUGGCACUUUUAUAGACAUGUUUUCAGUUUUGACACUGGAACUGCAGGGAUUUUGCAUGAAAUCAGUAAAUGAUGCAAAUACUGAGCAUAUAAGCCAGUUCUUUGGUUUUCUUUGUUUUCUGAUAACACAGAAGCAAUACUGUGCUAAUUCAAGAAAUUCAAUCCAAGAUGAAACUCUAGCAAUAGAUACUGAGCAGGCUGGAGUUUUUGCCUGUGAAGGGAGAAAAGAUGUCUGUCAGGUUCUAUCAGCCUAAAAAAUAUUCAUUAUAAAUCUGUUGAUCUUGCUGGCUCAAGGAACAUAAUGACGGGUCUAGGAACAGGUCUGCUGGUUCUCUCCUGAACAAGUGGGUCGUAGGGGGAGAAAGAGUACUUUAUUUUUAAAGUAAAAAUUUUAUUGCAAAAAUAGAGUACAUGUUUUGAAUUAUGAACCAGCUAAUUAUGAAAACUUUUUUUGACUGCAUUUUGGUGCACAGGAUGACUGCUGGGGCUGCAUUUUUGUUAUAAUUCCUUGGUAUUUUUGCAUAAAGCUACUCUGUAAACUGUUCUUCCAAAAAGGGCAUUUCUUCUUUUAAUUAAUCUGUAGAAAAAUCAUAGUGCACUCACUAAGGAAGCAAACUAUCAUGAAAUGGAAUUCAAGAGAAUUUAAUAAAAAGAUGUUUAAAUGAUUUCUAGUAACCUAUGUUCUGAAUAACAUUACAAUGUUUGCAGUUAUCUAUAUAGUUAACCACAAACUGAACAUAAUUUUUGAAAUGGUUUUCUUCCACUUCAUAUUCAUUAAGUGGUUUUAAAUCUAUUAACUUUAUUAUUCUUAAUAUGAUGUCAUGUGUGCUACAGACUGUCUCAUAAGUGAUGUGACAUGCAAAAGAUGGUGGCAAAGAAUGGAAAUUAUACUGUAGAAGCUGAGAAUUUCAGAAACUGACAUUCAGCAAUGAAGUGUAAAAUCUCAUUUGAGUUUUUCUAUUAUGAAGUAAAUACCUACAGAGCUUAAAGUUGCUUUUUUAAGUUAAUUAAUUAUUUUUGUUGCUUUUUGUUUGGAAUUUCUUUAAUAGAAGUUGCCAAUGAAAAGUAUAUCUCCCACCAUUUGGUAAAUUGCCAUGCUUCUGGAAGAUAAAAUAUACAACAUUCAAAUUAUUGUGAGCUAUGGUUAAUGGUACAGCCUCUUUGAGACUCACUUUCCUUGUGGCAACUUUAUUUUCAUUUAAUGGCCCCUCUGGAUUCCUGAAGAUAGUAAAAUCUGCCAAUAGAAUCUGUUUUCUUUACUGUAUCUGAUUGCUGUAGGAGUUCAUAAUAAUACAUCUGAACUCUCGAGCCUGAAUGUGGUGGUGAUUUGAAUGAUUGAGGCAGCUGGUUUAUGCUUGGAUGUUAAAACGCCGUUUUAACCACUCUUAGUAUUUCUUGGCUAAUUUCUAAAGAUAAGUAAGUGGAAACCCUUCGAAAUCUCCAAUUCUUAAAGUUAGAAACUUUAUCAGAGAGUUGUAGGCACCGCGUGAUCAUAACUUUGAACUUCCCAGGUAAUUGCUGUGACUUCCAAGGUGUCCUCAUAUGCAUUUUUCAGGAUCUGCCUGCUCUCUCACUACAUAGAGACUGAAUUUGUCUCCUUAUGCAUUAAACUGUUUUGAUUUAAUGAUAAGUAAUAGAAUAGAAUGCAUUUGACUCUUUGAGCACUUUCAACUUUUUUCUUCCACAGUUCCCAUCCCUCAAUUCAGUUACCCCAGUAAUUAGAUAUUUGCACAGGUACUUGUCAUGCUAAAAUUAUAAAAAUUUUAGUGUUAAUCAAUGGAGGUAUAACUUUCUAAAACAUAAACCUCUACAAUUGUAGAGUUGUAUUAAUUCAUUGGAAGGAGGAAGAACAAUAUAUGCCAUAUGUAUUGUCAUUGGAGGAAGUUACAAAAUUGAAAUGUGGAAGCAUACCCAAUUUAGGAUGUCAUUUAAUCCAAAAGAUUGCUAUGCUGUUAAAUAUGUAUUAUGACUCCCUGUGUUUUAAAACUUCUAACCUAACCAUUAACUACGAACUUGUCUAUUGUACUCUGAAUAUACUCAGACCUUCCAUUUUAAAACAGCUGGUUUUGCAUUUUGUUGCUGAAAUUGUCAUGGCUCAUUCUUUUAAACAGCACAAGGCUGAGGUCACAUUUGGAUCAGCUCAUCAGAAACUUUGCUUUCUUACAGUUUAAUUGAUUUCACGUUCAUUCAGAUGGGCAUGCUUUCAGGAUUAGCUUUUUCAAAUACAACCUUCAAGGAAAGAUUGUUUUAAAAAUGUUGUUUAAUGUCGAGAAGCUACUGUGAAGUGUAUUCAGGCGCAACUAAAAAUCUAUAUAUCAGAUGUUUAAAGUUUCACUUAUCUGAAAGGAUUGAAAGUUGACAGCUGUCAAAUAAAUGAUUGAUUCAUA